GGUUACAUGUCACCACAACUAUUUGCUAGUUAUCUCGACGCUUAGGUAGCUCCAGAAGAGUAAUCUUACCUCCGAUUGUCAGGUGCGGUGACCCCGAUUUCUGUGCAUGAAAGGCCGAUCUCAGUGUGGACACCAAAACAAAGAACCCGGCAACGAUUCUCAAAUCCCCUCAAAAUUCGGCUUCAGGGUUUGGACGGAGAAGUUGCUCUCCGUUGAGCCCUAGCCCGAGCUCCAGCAAUGGCGGAGAAAGGGGGAAAGAAUUUCUCCUCGGAGAAAGGGAAGACGCCUUCAAACUUGGCGGCAUCAAAGGAAGGAUCCCUUAAGGGAAAGGACAGUGUUCCUGUGAAUAAGACGAGGCACAUCCAGUUAGACGACUCAGAUUCUGAGUAUGAAGGUUUUGUUGAUGAAAGAAGUCCAGCUUCAUCAAAGGCAAGUGGAAAGGCAUCAUCUGACCUGAAAUCUGGCAAAAAGAAGGUCUCAUUUGAAAGCCUGAAGACAGGAAGGAAGACUUCGUUCGAGACCCCAGCUGCUAAAGGGGAUUGGGGCAAAGGAGGAAAGGAUUUUAAUGCAGGGAAGGCUGGGGGAAAGGGCAGCUUACCACGAGCAACAGCUGUAAAGCCUCGCCUAACAGAAAUAGAACUGAAACUUGAACUAGAACUCCCCAAGAAUGCUAGAUUGUUGAUGGACUGUGAAGCAGCAGAAAUUUUACAAGAAAUCGAGGAGCACAAGACCAUCUUAUCAGAAGACCCAAAAGUUAAAUUUCCAGAGUCAUUUAACAAAGUAUUGCAGUAUACCAAAUUUGGUAGCCAUUAUAUUAAUAGCCAGUCUGCGAGAAAAGUCCUAGAGACUCUCAAAAUAAAUGGGGUCAAUGAUGGCGAGAUAUGUAUGAUUGGAAACAUUUGCCCAGAGACCGUUGAGGAGGUUUAUGCUCUUUUACCAUCCUUGAAGGUGAAUAAACAUAAGAAUGAAGAACCAAUCAAAGAGGUGCUAGCUAGUCUUGCAAAGGUCAAGACUUCCAAGUAAAUCCUCUUCAAGACAUGCAGAAAUCCACUCUAUGACUCUAUGCAGGAUUUGGCUGAGACAUGAUGAUCAGCAGUAAGUCAAGCCGAGCAACCAAAGCGCAUCAGUGGAGACAAUUGACAUUUUUGGUCUCUUAUGAACUGGAAAUUUUGUACAUCAGGGAAUUUCAGUGAGAAUGGUAGGUUUUUCCGUAAAUCUAAACCUGGCAGUUUUUGAGAGGAUGGUACUUUCUGGGAGUUGUAUAUAUUCUGUUUUAUGUAGCUUUUCAUGCUUAUCAUGGUUCAACUUCAAGAACUUGGAUUAAGAUGAAAUUGGUCAAAUUACUGGUUGUAGACUAUUGUUGCACCUGUUCUUGCUUGUACCUCAAUUCAAUCUAGCACUCGAAGGGAAAAAAUAUUUUUCCCCUAUAGAGGAGGGCCGUAAAGAUAAACUAGUUUCAUUUGUGCAUUCACCAUGAUUUGUCUGUGCUACUUUCAUACAAGUUCUACUAAAACCAGAUUUGGCUCAAGUGUUGAUUUGCAGAAACGGAAACCAAGACUUGUACUGACUUUAGUCAGAAGCCUCUAAAAUAAAAGCAUCUAAUAAAAUUGUGAUGCUUCUGUGUAAG